CUUCUAUUAUUAGGGGGAAGGCACGCCCGCCCACCCACGCUUCGAUCGACUCUCACAACUCCAUAGAGCCUCAAGGUGCCGUCUGCGAAAGCUGCUCGGACCCCCGCCGUCCUGUUGCGCAACAAGCAAAGACAUAUAUCUGUUGUCGCUGACGACUCUCCACCUUCCUGCCGACGACUUCCGUCUCCCGCACGCCACGCCUGAAACACCUAACGUGUUCCUCGUCUCGUCGCCGCCUCGCAGCUCGCCCGACGCUGUCUUAUCCUCGGCGGCCCUCGACCUCCAGCCACACCGCUGCCCGCCUCUGCCCUCGCCCACCUUCGAUGCGCGUUGACGUCUAGCUCUAUUCACCAUGGGCCGCAGGAAGAUUGAGAUCAAGGCCAUCAAGGACGACCGCAACCGCUCCGUCACCUUCCUCAAGCGCAAAGGCGGUCUCUUCAAGAAGGCCCACGAGCUCUCCGUCCUCUGCUCCGUCGACGUUGCUGUGAUCAUAUUUGGACACAACAAGAAGCUGUACGAGUUCUCGUCCGGCGAUAUCAAUGAGACCAUCGGCCGGUAUCAAUAUUAUGGCGGAGCGCACGAGCACAAAGGCCCGGAAGACUUCAUGGGCAAGAAAGACUUGGACGAGGAGGAGGAUGAAGACGUCGAGAUGAUGGGCGGAUCCCCUCCGCGAGACUCCCAUACCCCGCCAGAGCAUGCCAUGAUGCCGCACCAUCUUCAAAGCCAGCCCGCCUUCCAGCACAUCAGACAUGGCACUGCCUCCGCUUCCCCGCCAAUGCACAAUGGCAUCCCAUUCCACGCCCGACAUCCUUCCCCUCAGCCCGGCGGUCUCUCACGGCCUAAUUCCCGAGCCCACAUGCGACGACCAAGCUCAAACCUCGCACCGCCGCAACAUCACCCGUCACAAGCUCCUCCGCCCCCUAACAGCUAUGCCUAUAUGCCAAACCCUCCCUUCUACAACCCUCAGGCCCAGGGAAUGGCACCGAAGCCUCAGCAAGGUCCACCGGCGCCUCAGUUUCAGUACACACAUCCUCCGCCAACCCACCAGCAAAUACAGUUCAUGCAGCAGCAGGACCAGCGGAGGCAAUCCAUGCCACCUGCAUUCCAGCAGCAACAACAAGCACAACAACAGCAAGAACGUGCUCAUCCGCAGCAACAACAGCAGCAGCAGCAAAUGCCAGUGCCAUCUCCACCGCAGCCGGAACAGAGCAACUUCCAGAGCCCGCCAUUACCGCAACCGAGGCCACUGCCUUCGGCAGCCAAACACAGCAUAUUUACUCCGAUUGAUGACAGCCGAUCAAUGCUUGCGGCGCACUGGGGAAGCUCGGACCCGCCUCGUAGCGAAAACAUAAUAGUGAAAAGCGAGGGUGGCAUCCGAUCGCAGUCCAUCGACGUUGCCGCUAUGUCUCGGCAACAAGUGAACGGAAACUCGCCGCCUCAGCCAUCUCCUGCACAAGUACCUAACCAGGCAAGCCAACCACAGCGAACCCAGUCCACUUCGUCUGUGCCCACCAUUCCUCCGCCGUCACGAACAAAUAGCAUCCAGAACCCGCGACCCAGGCUGAAGGUACAGAUUCCCAGUGAGCACUCGGACGCUGGAAGCCAGACGGCAGAGUCAUCUCCUAGGGAAUCUGGCACCACCGGCGCAACACCCGCGAGGACCAGCACAGAUGCUUCGCAUUCCUCGGGGGUUGUACUGCCUCCGCCGUCGCCUAGCGCAAAUUCACUUUUGAGCGCUGGAGCCACUGGUCCCCCAAAUCCUUUUGCUCGACCUCCACCGCCGGCGAAUAAUGGCUCAUAUGGUAGCCGCAGCGAGAUGGAGACACCAAUUUCUGCUCUUCCAAGCCGUUUCGUCGAGAAUGGCCUUCUCCCCUCGCCUUCGAGCUUCUAUCCUGAGUGGGGCUUUGGCCGGGACUCCAACAUGCUUCCCAGUCCGCUCACCUUCCAAACUCCGGUGAACCCAAACGGACCGGGCUUUGGUCGUGACGACUCUGCGGACCGCAAACGAAAGACGUCCGAUGAGGGCUCCGAAGCGGGCGGGAGCCAAAAGAGGAUCAAAGCCUAAAAUCGUCUCAUGAGUCUUUUUUAGAUUCUAUCACUCUGUUCGUAUAUACCUUUCUCGAAAAGCGCGCAUUUUGCCUUGUAUUUUAAUCAGUCGGAUAUUGUUUGCUUCAUU